UCCCUCCCACUGUGGUUAACUCUGUUUUUUUUUAAUUUUUUCCGUUUUUUCCCUGUUUCUUGUUUUUUUAAAUUUUGGGGGGGCCCCCCCCCCCCCCCCCCCCCCAGAUGUAGGAAAAAGAAUAGAGGAAAAUCACUAUAAAGCAGAGUAGAAGAGUUAAAGAAAGACGGAAGGAGAAACCUGUCACUGAUUUGGUUUUAAUUUUACAACAGUUGUUGCUCAUCUACGGCACAACGUGUUAGUACUAGUGGAAAACGUGUUUGACGUACAAAACUUGCAGCGUAAUAAUAAUCUAGCCUCGAGACUCAGAAGAAAAGGUUUUAGUCCCAUGAGUACCAGCUUGUCUCGAGAAAUCCGUUACGAGUACCCUCAGCAUUCUGUAGGCUUUGGAUGGGAAAUCAGUCGUGGGUAUGACUUCCGAUGAAACUUUUCAGUUUAUAUCAGAUUAUGAACUUUUUAUGUCACAUUAGACGAGUUCACCAGAUUAUUCUGCUAACCCGAUUGCGAACGCCGACCAAAGGAAGGCGCACUGUGCUGCAGAGGAAAAGUCGGAAAACCGCUAAAAUUGGUAUAAGUGAAUUUAGUGCAGUUGAUUCCACGUAUCUUCAGAAAACUUUUAGUGCCUCAACUAGUUUCGGAGUUGAUCAUUUAGAGACGGAGUAGGGUUCAAUCCGGUAAGAUAUAUUGACAGCGACUGCUAUCAAUAUCCUUAGAAAUAUUUGAAGGGAUUUUUUGACUUUUUUGAUUUUUUUUUCAUUCACCACGCAGUACUAUAAAAGCGCUCGUUGCUACGUAGAACUGUUGUAUUCGUUUUGUACGCUGAUGAAUAGAAAUUCAAGAUAGCUGACAUGCCAAAAAUUCUGAGAAAAAGAAGCGCUGUAUGCAGACUGUCAGACGGGUCUGUUCACUAGUAGCACUAUACGACACUUGGUGAAACAAAAAGGUCAACAUUAGGAACAUGAAGAGAAUGGAAAGAAAUGUUAAAGCAAGCAUUUAGACCAGCUAACUAUCAAAUAAGGUCAUUACGUGAUCUAAAAUAUCGUACAUUUACAAACAAUGAAUCUGUGAAUGAUUAUUAUUUUGAUGAAUGUAGAUUAUUACGCGUUGUAUUCGGUGAAAAUGUUGAAGAAGCGACAAUGGUUAAUGAUAUUGUAGAUAGUUUAUCGGGAAAUUUUAAGAUGUUUGUAUUAAGUCGAAUCAAUCCUAAUACAUCAUUAGAAGAAUUACGUCGUAUUUUAGUGGGUGUGGAUUCAAAUAUUCAUGAACAGAAACUCGAUAAUACCUAUCGAUCCAGCGUCAAAUUUCAUAAUCAUAGCAACCACCAUCAUAAUGAGCAUCGUUAUUUAAAUCCAAAUCCAAAUCCAAAUAUUAUAUUAUAUUAA